AGUACUUCACAAGUGUAAUAGGUUAGCCACAAACCUAAAGCUAACAGAGCUUGCUGGUAGUGGUUACUUAAAGCGUGUGAGAGUGUUCCGUUUAGAAGAAAAAAUCUCGGUUAAUUCAGCCGAGGCGACUUGCAGUAUUCGCAUUAUCUAAUAAACAAUGUAAACUGGAUGCUAUGUUGCUCAUCGAUAAAGUAAACGAUAUAGGCGACUUGUUUAUGUUUUCUUUAAUGUCUAGUGAGUUAAUUUAUAAUGUUUAACAGUUGCAUUAAUAUAUAACACUUUGUGAUGAAAACGAGGUGAGGCGAAGCAGAUGGUCGGUAGACUGGGAGUCUGCAGCGUUUUCAGGAGAAGCCUGGUAUGUCAGGCGCCAACUGGCUGCCUCCAAGAACCCUCGGUAGCCCAGAUAGAGCCACAGCACCAAUGUCACACUCUGGCCCCGCUCUCUACAGACCUCCCAAGAAAGGUCUGCCCGACCAGAGGCCCAAAUAUAACAUGUAUGACCAGAAUGGUGGAACGGGAGGAAAUGGUAUGCCUAUAAGAUAUAUGGCUACUGGACCUUCAGGUGCAACCAUGCAACACCAGCAUCAAGAUGAUUGCUCAGGGUCUACUACCUACAACCACUUGACUCCCCAGUUAAGAGACCGAUACUAUGCUCCAGGCCAGGGGCCCAAAGAAGACCACCACACAUGGAACCCCCGCAUGGCCAGCCAUGAACUUCACGGUCGGGGAUCAGAGAAGCACAUCUCUACUAUUGAUGCAGAGAUAGACUCUCUUACAUGCAUGCUGGCUGACCUGGACAGUCACCCUCAGAGCACAAGCACACAGUUGUAUGACAAUGUGCCUUACAGCAAGCACCUCCCUAUCGACCACUAUAGCCCUCCCAACCAGAUGGGGGCUCCACCAUCAAGCAGGCCCUCAAUGGGGUAUCAGCCUCCACUCCAAAACCAGUACCACCCCGCCCCACCUUACAGCUCUACACCUCAGCCAGACUAUGUUUACUCCUCCGCUGCCUCUUCCAUCCACAAACCUUACCCCCCACCAGUGCCUGCCUCCUACACCACCGCCUCCACCCCAACCGGCCCACGCUUCUCCGUACAGGUGAAAACAGCUCAGCCCGUCACCUAUUCUCAGAGCGGACGGCUGGCAGAGCAAGCUUACACCCCUCCACCACCCCGCCAGCAUGCCUCUCGCCCCCCUCAGCAAGAACGACCACAUUAUGAGCCACAGGGACAGGGCUGGUACCCACCGCCACCUCCUCCUGUACAAGAACCUCAUGGAGAUCCUGCUGCUUAUAAGGGGGGAUCAGGUAAUAUGCCAGGAGGGAGAGCCGGCCAGGGACAACCAGUGAAGAAGAGUCAAGAUCAAGUGUCAGCAUAUCAAUCUAACAAGCAGGGGGCAGCACCACAUCCAGAGGAAGAGUUGGAUCGGCUCACCAAGAAGUUGGUGUAUGAUAUGAAUCAUCCCCCUACUGAGGAAUAUUUUGGUCGAUGUGCUCGUUGUGGGGAUAAUGUUCUGGGAGACGGCAGUGGCUGUAUUGCCAUGGAGCAGGUGUUUCACGUGGAGUGUUUCACCUGUAUCACCUGUCAUGCGCGCCUGAGAGGCCAGCCCUUCUAUGCACUAGACAGGAAGAGCUACUGCGAGAGCUGCUACAUAAGCACACUUGAGUGCUGUUCGAAAUGCUCUGAGCCCAUCCUAGACCGGAUCCUGAGGGCGAUGGGAAAGGCUUACCACCCUCGCUGUUUCAAUUGUGUGGUUUGUGGCUGUUGCCUGGAUGGAGUGCCUUUUACUGUGGACGCCACAUCUCAGAUCCACUGUAUUGAGGACUUUCACAGGAAGUUUGCCCCCCGCUGCUCAGUAUGUGGCAAGGCCAUAAUGCCAGAGCCUGGGCAGGAAGAGACGGUGAGGAUCGUUGCACUGGAUCGCAGUUUCCAUGUUAACUGCUACGUCUGUGAGGAUUGUGGUCUUCUCCUCUCUUCAGAGGGCGAGGGAAGAGGCUGCUAUCCCCUGGACGGACACAUACUCUGCAAGAGCUGCAGCGCCCGUCGCAUCCAAGAUCUGUCUGCCAAAAUCUCCACUGACUGCUAAUGCCCCCCCAUCCCAUCACUCUGUGUCCCUUCUCUUCUUCAUAGCUAUUCUUCAGAAUGUACCACUAUCUAAACAUCCACCACCUGGCAUUUCUUCCUUCCUUGACUUUACAUGUCGAUCGCACAAAUAAUAUGAAGACAUCCCUCUCAGGGUAGCAUAGAGCUGAGGAGAAAAAAUAGCUCUUGUGCUUAGAGUAGUUCCACUGGAAAGCUGUUUCCUCAAGAAUAUAGAAAAACAGGUGGUGAAUGAAAUAUGAUGGUGUUUGUGUAUAAUCCUCAGCGUAUGUGUGUUUAU